AUGUCGUCAGUGGGCCUCCUCAUUGCCCGAUCUUCCGAGAACUUUGAAGAUGUGAAGUCAGCUUACAGCACACUGCUGGUCCACCAGCAAAGUAUCGUCAUUGCUUCCAAGGGAAAAGGUGCGAGCGUGCGCACGAGCUCUUUGAAUUUGGUUCUUUCGACUAUCGGAGUCGGGGCCUUGACAUUGCCUUGGACCACAGCUUCAGUGGGCUGGCUUCAGAGUGGCAUUCUACUAGUGACGUUCUUCUUCGUGAGCAUCUACAACCUGUACCUCUUGGAUGAGGUCUGCCGCUCCCUUGACAGGGCCGCAGAUGCUGGGUCCUACGCAAACAUGGUGGCUGCAGCUUUGGGUAAGCCUGGCGCGUACGCACUGGAGAUGUUCAUGCUCCUGUACAGCUUUGGACUGUCUGUGUCCUACAUGGGCGUCGUUGGAUCAGAGGUGGCUGUCUUCGUGGAGCUUGCUUUGGGAACACAAGAUGGCGAGGCUCUGCAGAGGAAUUUGAUUUCGGCUGUGGCAAUCUUCGUUGUGCUCCCACUUUCUCUCCUCCCGGACACGUUGCUACGUCUAUCUGGUGCAGUGGGAACCUUCUGCAUGAUCCUGACCACGAUCAUCGUAGUAUGCAUGGUUCCCUGGAAGCUCUCUUGGCCCUUUGUGGCUUUCUGCAACGAUGCUUUGGCAGAGCACCUGCAUGUAGGCCAUCUGGAACCCGUUCGAUGGGUCUCGUCUCCUAAAGCGCUUCUCUCCGCGGUGCCCAUGUUCAGCUUCUGCAUGAACGGUGCCACGGCUUUCGUUUCCAUUCGCUCAGAGAUGGUUGCGCAGAAGUUCGCCAAUAUCCAGCCACAUCGCAAGGACGUGGUCGCACUGAUUUGGUUGGCACAGACCUUUGCACUGGUGGACUACAUAGUUUCAGCGGCUGCUGGCUACGUCGCAUUCUGCGGGGCAGCUCCCGACAAUGUUCUCGACGGCUUCCCGACUAGCCACGCGCCGAGUCUUGUGGCGCGCAUGGCUUUGGCUUUGCAGCUGGCGGCUGCCUGUGCAGGAGUCUACAUCCCCUUGGCCCGAGCGGCACUUUGCCACCUUUGGUUUGGCGUCAGCUCGGAUGCCCCAAGAGGAGUCUCCCGCAUUGUCUCGACAGCUGUGCUUGUUGCCAGCAUGGUUGUGGUAGCAAGGGCACUGGAUGGUGCUCUGGCCCUACCACUGGGCCUAACCAGCGCAGUUUGCACGACAGCGAUAAUGUUUGUCUUUCCCGGCAUGUGCGCAAGCAGCGUCCACAAGUCCAUGUGGGGCAAGGUCCUGCCAGUGGCCUUCGCUGUUGCGGGGCUCUUCAUCGGCACUGCGUCGACCGUCAUUUGGCGAGAGGGACGCCUGAAGAACGGAUUUGAGCGUCCGGUCGUGAUUCAUCGUGCGAUUCUGGGCUCUGUGGAACGAAUGUCUGCGAUUCUCAUGGAACACUAUGCUGGCAAAUGGCCAUUCUGGCUCUCUCCUCGACAGGUGCAGGUUGUUCCCGUCGGGACGCAGUUCAACGAGUAUGCCCAGUGGGUGGAGAGGCAGCUACAGAUCCACGGGUUCUACGCAGAGGCGGAGACGAGCGGAAAGACGCUGAAUAAGAAGGUGCGUGAGGCGCAACUCGCCCAGUGGAAUUAUGUAGCGGUUGUUGGCGCCGAAGAGCAGAAUGCACUGUCAGUGAACCUGAGGCUAUCUCCCAGCGUGGUCAUGAUUCAUGUUUCCCUCGUUUCUGGGCAAGAGAUUGCCUGCUUCAAUGCUGAUGACCUCAAAUCCUUUGCAGCAUCAGGCAACAGUCUCAGAGCUUUCAAGCAGCGCCUUCAAUCACUGGUUCAUACAUCACCCUUUUGCCAAGAGCUUCUUUGUGAAGGGGAGGUUCUGAAUGAGGCUGAUGCAAUUCCGGACCCUGCAGUCACAGGGCAUGUGCAUGUACAGCUGGUCCUCCUCCAAACUUGCAGCGCGUACUCAGAAGAGUUGGUGUCGGCCACUGCUCAAGACGAUGAUGCGACAGUGGGCGUGUUGCUUAGAAGGCGCCAAGAUCCAGAUGAAGCGGAUGCCUGUGGAAGGACAGCUCUCUACCUUGCUGCGCAAAAUGGAAAUGUGCAGAUAACAAAGCUGCUUCUGGAAGCUGCUGCGGAUGUCAACAAAUCCAUCAAAGAUACGGGCGAAACCCCACCACUACUGGCUGCUGCACAAAGAGGCCACCUGGAAGCUACUGGCUUGCUGAUUGACGCAGGCGCCGACAAAGAGAAGCCGAACGUUUGGGGAACGUCACCCCUCCUCGCUGCUUGCGAGAAAGGCUACUUGGAAAUGGUUCGCUUGUUGAUCGACUCAGGACAUGUACGGCACAUCACCUUGCUCAACUGCGGCGGCCGAGGGACAUCUGGAUGUGCAAAUUAUUGGGAGGCGAUUCCUCUUCAGCUUGCUGCUGAAAGAGGGCAUUGUGAUGUUGUAGCCAAGUUGGUCCAAGCGGGAUCCAGCAUUGAUCAAGCUGAUCAACACGGAAGGUCUGCUUUGUUCUAUGCCUGUGAGGGCGGGCACCUGGACGUGGCGCAACUGCUCGUCAGUGCAGGUGCAGACAAGGACAAGACGAGCAACAGCGGGCUCUCGCCACUUUCUGCAGCUUCAGAGGAAGGUCACCUGGAAGUUGUACGUUUUCUCAUCCAGGCCGGGGCCGAUAAGGAGAAGGCCAAGAUUCGAGCCCGCCAUCUCUAUUGGCUGCUGAUGGGCAAAGCUGGGUGA